GGCAGCCCCCGAGCCCCAGGAGCCCCCGAAGCCCGGCAGCCCCCAGCCCAGCGGGGGACAGGAGCCACACCCAGCCCCGUGUGCCGAGCGAGGGUCCCUCACCCCAGAACGAGCCCUGGCAUGUGGCAGGUGUGACCCUGCCCACCUGUGCCAGGUCACCAUGGAGCCGUGCCCGGGGCCGCCCCAGGAGGCCCUGCUGACGGUCAACGAGCAGGUUAUCGUCAUGUCCAGCCACGAGACCAUCCGGGUGCUGGAGGUGGGGGUGGAUGGGGACCCCAAAACGGCCGGGGAGGGAGCGGGGGGGUCCCCGGCACAGGGGGGCCCCCCAGGUGUGGAGGACGCUCCCGCCAGCACCCCGAGCUCGUCCGGCGGGGAGGCGGCAGGUAAAGCCAAAGCGGCGUCGCCCACCCCGGUGCCCUCGAGCCCGGCCCCGAGCCAGCCCGGCGUGACACACCUGGCCGUGCAGGCCACCCCACAGGUGUUGGCUCAGGAAAGCUUAGCCACAGGUGUGACAGGAGUAAUGGUUCCGGCAGGGACAGUUACUCAACCUCUUCUUAUCCCCAUCAGUAUUGCAGGUCAGGUGACAGGCCAGCAGGCGCUGGCCCUGGUGACAAUUCCCACAGCAACGCUCGCCGCGCUCCCGGGACUGACGCCGGCGGCACCUGCGGGGGCGAUUUUCAAACCGCCCGUAGCCAAUCUCACAGCCGCCGCCGUGCUCAGCCCCGCCGUCCCGGCCGUCCCGGCGGUCCCGGCGCCGCGGCCGCCCCCGCCGCCCCCGGGGCAGCCCCCGCUGCUGCCCCAGCCCCCCCCGGCGCCCACCCCCCCAAAGGACCCCCCGAUGUCCGUCCAGCCCCAGAUCGCCGGACUGGCCUUUAACCCCGGCAUACUCACGGCGGCUCUGGGGGCGCAGCCGCAGCUUUUGGGGUCCCUCAGUGCCCCCCCCGUGAUCGCCACCCCCCUCCCCAGCGUCCAGGGGAUCCCGGGGCAGCUCCUGACCGCCACCCCGGGCCAGGUGAUCGGGACCCUGCCGUGGGUCGUGGCCCCUCCCGGGGUGGCCGCGGCCGCCCCCGCGCCGGCCGCGCCCAGCCUGCAGGUGACACCGGUGACACCGCAGCUGCUGCUCAACGCGCAGGGCCAGGUCAUCGCCACGCUGGCCGCGGGGACCGCCCUGGCCGCGGGGACCCCCCUGGCCGCGGGGACCACCCUGGCCACCGCCCCCCCCGCUCCGGCCCCCGGCAAGAAAAACGGGCCAGCUGAGCCCCCCAUCAAAAGCGAGGUGCAGCCCAUCCAGCCGGCCCCGGCCGGGGUGGGGACAAGCCCCGCGGCCGUCACCAAGGUGUCGCCGUCGCCGGUGCCCAUCACGUGCUCCGAGACGGCCACCGUGAGCCAGCUGGUGGCCAAGCCCCCCGCCCCGCCCAGCGCGGAGGAGGACGGGAUCAACCUGGAGGAAAUCCGGGAAUUCGCCAAGAACUUCAAACUGCGGCGCCUCUCGCUGGGGCUGACCCAGACCCAGGUGGGGCAGGCGCUGACGGCCACCGAGGGCCCCGCCUACAGCCAGUCUGCCAUCUGCAGGUUCGAGAAGCUGGACAUCACGCCCAAGAGCGCGCAGAAGCUGAAGCCGGUGCUGGAGAAGUGGCUGCGGGAGGCGGAGCAGCGGCAGCGCGAGGGGCAGCAGCACCUGCUGGAGUUCGUGGGGGGCGAGCCGGGCAAGAAGCGCAAGCGGCGCACCUCGUUCACGCCGCAGGCGCUGGAGGCGCUCAACGCGCACUUCGAGCGCAACGCGCUGCCCACGGGCGCCGAGAUCACGCGCAUCGCGCAGGAGCUGCGCUACGAGCGCGAGGUGGUGCGGGUGUGGUUCUGCAACCGCCGGCAGACGCUCAAGAACACCAGCAAGCUGAACGUGUUCCACGUGCCCUGAGCGCCGCGCCCCGCCCGGCUCUGC